AUGGCUACUCCGCCGUCUGGCAUACCCGACAGCUCCGUCGAAGCCAAGGACUUCGCAGCUCCCACGACCCUAUCGUCCGACCCUUCCACUGAAUCCGGGGCCUCGCCUCCUGCCUCUCCAAAUGAAUCGGCAAGCAAUACACGAGUGCCUUCGUUAAAAAGCAUACCAGACCAGCAGGGAACCGCACCGAUGUCAUCCUCCUCGACACAUCUGGGCAUGCUACAGAACGCUCGGCGGCCCGCCCCGGGACCUCUCAACACCAGACAAACGAGUUCGACAGGCGGAGGAUUAGAGGCAAAAAUGCGAGCAUUUCAUCUAUCUAGACAAGGCACGCCACCAAGUCGGCCGCAGAUCGGUACGACGAUGACCACAGGCUCAACACCAAGUCCUCCCGCUCUCAACGCCCCGUUGGGAGGCGGGCCAGUUGGUGGUCUUCCCGCUGGGCUGCAGCUACCUCCGAAUAUGCGUCCGGCUGCUCACAACUUCAAUUCGGCUCCAGUAGUGCCAAAAUUACCUGCGAAAGGCGGGUUGAGUGCUAGAAGAGGCAUGAAGCUGCCUGGCGGUCUUCCUGGGUCUCCUUCUCCGACCACCCCUACAAAUGGAGCAAGUGGCCCACCAGCAAAACCUGAGACUGGGUUCACCAAGUUCUCGGAAUAUGUCGAUACCGAAAAUGGAAUUUUGAAGUUUGAUGGACAGGCUACAAUUGACGGCAAAGGCAUCAAAUUUCACGGGGGACAUAACAUCGACAUAUCGUUGGAUGAGGUUGACACCUUAGAUGAGUUAGGCAAGGGCAACUAUGGUACCGUGUACAAGGUUAGACAUGCGAGACCUCGAAUGCGCCGGCCGGGUAUGGGUCUAGCUGGAAACAAAGUAUCUUCUGCGUCCGUUCCCUCUACCCCAGUGUUGGAGGGCGACAGCUCAGAGCUAUCGUCACCAAAGGGUGCAACUACGGGAAUUGUUAUGGCCAUGAAAGAAAUCAGACUGGAACUUGAUGAUGCGAAAUUCCGGCAGAUUAUCAUGGAACUGGAAAUUCUACAUAAGUGUCUGAGUCCAUACAUUAUCGAUUUCUACGGAGCAUUCUUCCAGGAAGGUGCCGUUUACAUUUGCAUAGAGUUCAUGGAUGGUGGAUCGAUUGACAAGAUUUACGGUGACGGCAUUCCCGAAAACAUCCUCCGGAAAAUCACAUACUGCACGACGCAAGGUCUGAGGACCCUAAAAGACGACCACAACAUCAUCCAUAGAGAUGUGAAGCCAACCAAUAUCCUGAUGAACACCAGAGGGCAGAUCAAGAUUUGUGACUUCGGAGUCUCAGGUAACUUAGUUGCAAGUAUCGCCAAGACGAAUAUUGGUUGUCAGUCAUACAUGGCCCCUGAACGGAUUUCGGGUGGUGGAAUGUCACAGGCAGGUGCUCCAGGUGGAGGGACCUAUAGCGUUCAGUCUGAUAUCUGGUCCCUGGGUCUUACUAUCAUUGAAUGUGCGAUGGGUAGAUAUCCUUAUCCUCCAGAAACCUACAACAACAUCUUCUCACAACUUAGUGCAAUUGUCGAUGGUGCUCCUCCAGAUCUCCCUGAAGAGGGCUAUUCGGAGAUGGCUCGCGAUUUCGUUAGCGGCUGUCUCAACAAGAUUCCAAAUUUACGGCCAACCUACAGCAUGCUACUUCAGCAUGGUUGGCUUGCGGAGCUUUCAAAGCCAGCUACAAUUAGCGAGGAGGACGAAGAAGCCGCUGAAGCUGGCGCUAGCGUUGGUGAUAUUCCACUUGCAUCGAGUGGUACCGAGGACGAAGAGGUUGCAGCUUGGGUCAAAAAUGCGAUUGACCGGAAGAAAAAGGGCCUCAUGGGCUUUGGAGUCAAGCCUGCUCUUCAUGCCGCCCCGUUGGACAGCGUCAGCCCGGCUGCGAGUCCACUCCGGUAA